CUCUGUUGAAGUAUUUCUCUACUUAUUCUUCUGAUCGCAUAUAAAUAAAUUCUCUUCUACUUUUGAAUUUUGUUUGUUUGUUUCCAUUUUAUAUUCAUAUAAACAAGCAACAUUGAAAAUUGAAUUAUUUAUUCAUCACUUGAACAUUGAACCCUAACUAACUAUUUGAAUUUGUGUGUAUAUUAUCAUCUAUACACAAUAAUGAAAGAUAUAAUAAUACUCUUGAAUAAUAUAAAUUAUACAUUUAUAGUAUUUAUAACACUAUUAAUUAAUUUAUGUUUAACAUCAAAUAACAAUAAUCAUAAUAAUAAGCAUAAAAAGUUUGCUAAAAAAUAUAUUCAUAAUAAUAAUGCUUAUAUCAAUAAUAAUAAUAAUACUAGCAAUGGGAAGAAUGAAUAUCUUAGUAUUAGUCCAAUAUCAUCAGAGAAAUUGAAACAAUAUUUUUGGAAAUUAGAACAAUUACCCUAUAUAGAUGAUUUAUGUCAAGAUGAAUAUCAAAAUUUCUAUGCUUCAUUUGACAAAUUUAGUAUUAUUGGAGGAGAUAAAGAAAAAGGAUUAUUGAAAAAACAAUUAUGUUAUAAAAAAUCAGGAAAAAUUUGUGGAUGUUUUUCCACAAGAAGAUGAUAC